AUGGCGCGUCCCGGCGGCACUGCUGUGGAGGCUGUGAGGACUUGGGUGAACCAGGUCGUACUGCAUCAUGGGCUUUGCCCUUGGGCACAGUUGGCGCAGCAAGCCGAUGUCAUCACCUAUCUGUCGUGUGAGGCAACCACGCCUUCAGCCGUAGGCUCCGUGGUGAGGUCUGAGGCCAGGCGCCUCGCGCGACGGAGAGUCCCCUGGGCUACGUCUCUGGUCGUGUGCCCGCGCGUGCUGUCGUGGCGGGACGACUUCCAUGCAUUUGAUGCGUGGGUGGCGAGAAGCAAUCAUUUGGACGACUUGGAGGAUCUGGUGUCGCUGGUUGCAUUCCAUCCUCGCUUUGCCCGCUGGCACACUUUGGCCUCUUCGGUCACUCCGGGCGCCCAGGUGUGCUCCCACUACGAGGAGGUGGACGGGGAGAAGAGCAGGAAGGCUCUGCCAGCCAUAGUUGAAUCCAUGGAUCCGAAGGAAGUGGGUGUUCGGCGCAUCGGCCUCCGCUUUCUCGAUGAUGGAGUGCUGCAGUGGGUGCCGUCAGAUUGGCUGACUCCAGCAUGGAAAACUGCCGAGCUGUUGGUGGACAACCAAAUGCAUCAGGCACCGUUCCCGACAGUCCACCUCAUUAGGCGAAAGGACCUGGCCAGCGUGAAGUCAAGCACAGGCGGCUACGAAGUCGUUGCUUCCCUUCAGGCUCGCAACAGCCAGUACCUCCAGAAGCUGCGAAGUGACGACUGCAUGACAGAAAAAGAAGUGUCUUGGAGUGAGCAGAAGAAGCCCUUCAAGUACGUAGUAUCCUGCAUUAUCAUGCAGAGAAACGGUGCUGGCUUACACACAGCUACCUCUUGCUUCUGGGACGCUGGGAACGACGGGGUCUACACCUAUGUGUGGCCCAGGGAGAAGUCCAAAGAUGUGGUGAACAAGUCCAUGUAUUGCAUCGUCACGGUGUUCGGCCUCGAGUUCUGA